CUCUUCCCGGGCAUCCACGACCAGCAUGGCCCCCACGCCUCCCAAAAUGUUCUCAACGGGCAGAUGCGCCUGGGCUUGCCGGGGGAGGUGUUCGCCCGGUCGGAUCAGUACCGCCAGGUCUCCAGCCCCAGGACUGACCCUUACUCGGCGGCUCAGCUGCACAACCAGUACGGCCCCAUGAAUAUGAAUAUGGGCAUGAAGAUGGCAGCAGGUGCCUUUUUCCGCUACAUGCGGCAGCAGUGCAUCAAGCAAGAGCUCAUCUGCAAGUGGAUCGACCCUGAGCAGCUGAACAACCCCAAAAAAAGUUGCAAUAAAACUUUCAGCACCAUGCACGAGUUGGUCACCCACGUCUCGGUGGAGCACGUUGGGGGACCCGAGCAGAGCAACCAUGUCUGCUACUGGGAGGAGUGUCCCCGGGAAGGCAAGCCCUUCAAAGCAAAAUACAAACUGGUCAAUCACAUCCGAGUGCACACGGGCGAGAAACCCUUCCCCUGUCCCUUUCCCGGCUGCGGAAAAGUUUUCGCCAGAUCAGAAAACCUCAAAAUUCACAAAAGGACGCACACAG